AUGGCUAGGGUCACGAAGCAUUGCAGGUGUUUGGAGGUCUGCGAGAUUUAUUAUAACGCAGGGAAGUCUGGGCUGAAGAGUGACAUACCUCGAUGGAUAUUCGAUUUUAUUCAAAAAUGCCCUCAAAUAGAAGUAUUUCGUCUAUGGUCGCCGUCAGGAGACUGCGGUGGCCUCGAUAAUAAAUGUAUUGCUGCUAUGGUCGCUGGUUGGGUCUGCCUUCAACACUUGGAACUUACAGGGGAGGCUAUCACUCUAGAUGGGGUUAUUCUUCUGAAGGCAUGCAGCGGCCUCAAAACUGCGCGCCUCAGCCACAUUAGCCUUGGAGCUAGACGGCGUUUCGAUUCCCCUCAACCCUCAAGCUCGGGCGUAUUAACCAGCAGGCUGUACGAGCUGACGCUCGAUGCGCCGCCCAAUCAGGAGCUCUUGUUUGUCCCCGCUAAAAGCAGCAAGAAGGCUGGUCGUGCACUGAAGGUGGACGGUGAUUCGGAGAUUUAUAAAGAGCCUCCGUCGCCAGGCUGGGCAGAGCUGAAGGCACAGUGCGAGCGGAUGGAGGAGGAGAACCGUCGGAUCACAUCCAUCGAUCUCACACAUAUUCCUGAAGCCAACACCGAGAGCGACCCUCACGGCGUUCAAGGAAGCAGGAGGCGACGAGGGAAGGACGAGGACGGCGUCGUCAUUUACGGUCUCGGCUGGCAGCGCAGCAGGGAGGUGGAGAGAUCGAAUGGUCCAGAUCACGAGGUGGAGAUUGAGAUUCUUCCCCAGCGCAUUGACAGUCAGCAGACGGGCGGAGGAAACGAGGUUGACUUGCACGGGCUAGGCUGGCAGCGCGGCGGGCACGCGGAGACACGUGCUGCGGUGGGGUCUGAGCGGAGAGGAGGAGAAGUGGAGGAGGUAAAGCAUGCAAGGAAGUCGCACCGGCGGCAGCAAUCGUGCCCUACAGACUACAGCUUCGUUGAACGGACAGAGAGGUCCGAACGGACCGAGCGGGAGAGGGCAGAAAGGACGGAAAGGGCAGAAAGGGACGGAGGGACAGCAGACCAUUGGUUAACGCGAGACAGCUUACCUGCUGGCCUGCUGGCAGGCAGCAGCAGUGGCGCGCAGUGGGAGGGUGCGGGCAUGCAGGAGCAGCAGCAGCAGCAGCAGUUGUGGCAGGGGGGCGUGGAGAAUAGAAACAAGAGUGAGAGGUCUGUGUGGCAGGAAGCAGAGAUGCCUCGGGCGCGGAGUCAGCAGCAGCGGAGGGGCAUGCUGAGCCUUUUUGCAACGUGGCACAGUCCAACUCGCUCAAGAGCAGAGGAGUUUCAAUCAGCAGUCAAGUCCCUGUCCCCUCCGCCACCACCACCCGCUUCUCUACCCGCCUCCCCUCCACCAGCCUUCUCCUUCCCAUCACUAACUCCCGAGCCACCUUCAUUUUCCCGAGCAACUCGCCACCGUCGGUGCUUCUCAGGGGUGCUGCAGCCCACAUACGCGUUAACAGGGGAGCAUCCCUCCGACUCGUUUACAGGCCAGCAGCCCACAUACACACCAUCAGGCCUUGGCUACGAGGGAGGGGAAGGAGAGCGAAUCGCAGGCACGCAGUCAAGCAGAGGUAGGGAGAGCCUUGGUGUGCAGCAAGAAGCACGGCUGUUCAAUCCACUAGGCUCUCGCUUGAAUCCUCACUUCACGCCCUGUCGGCCUAGUCAACCACAGGAGAGUGCCAGUGACGACUCAGCUGCCUCUGCAUCGCUCUCUGAAUCACCCCUCCGCCUCCUUCAUCCCUUGCACGAGGACCAACCCCCUUGCCAGGUCCGACCUGCACUGCUGGUUACACGUGACCAGGGGUGGCCGGGGCAGGGUCAAUCUGGCGAAGUUGCAUUCGAGCGGGUAAGAGGUCGGCUCAAGGCACCGCCAGGGAACGCGCCUGGGGAUUCACCUGACAGCUGGCAGCAAGUGAUGGAGGAGAGGGUGCGAGAGGCCUUUGCGAUGGGAUACCUGGCAGGCCUGCGCGAUGCUGCUGCCCACACUGCCCCACCUGCUCCCUCUGCUCGCGCUGCUACUUCUCCUCCUCCUGCUGCUGCUACGGCUGCAGGUGCACUACCCGGGCAAUUUCAACAGAUAAAUUCUCCCUCUAAUUCGCGUCACUCCACGUCCCACGCCACAGAGAGAGCCCCUCCUCGAAUGUUCAAGAGCAACACAGUGAGUGGGGGCUCGCACUGCCAUAACAGGUCCCCAUUGCAAUUGGAAGGGGGGCCUUUUGCGUUGACUCAACAGAGCAGCACCGUGAGUGGUGGGGCCUCGCACAGCCAUGGCGGGUCGCCACUGCGAUGGGAAGGAGACACCUUUGAGUCGACUCAAAGGAGCAACACCCGGAGUGGAGACUCCUACAGCCAUGGUGGGUCGCCAUUGGGAUGGGGUGGGGAGGUACAGAUGCCUCACCGGUCUCACGCUCGCCUCAAGGGUCCUCUACAGGCGCGCAUGGUCGUAUCAGGUCCGCUACAGCCCCGGUCCGGACCGCUACAGCCUCGGCACGGGCUGUUAGAGCCGCAACUCGGUCCGCUACAGCCUUGGACUCGUCUGUUGGAGCCUCGGUCUGGCCCGCUACAACCUCGGACUGAUCUGCUGCAGUCUCAGCAGCCCCCAAUGAAGCAACCAAACAGAGAGGGAUGUCGUUUGAGUACCAGCGGGCGUGACAGCGCUGGUUGUGCUUCCGUGCGUGCAGAAGGAGCGAGAGGUGUGAGAAUCCCGCUUAAUCAGCUGCAGCCACAGCAGCCACAACCGCUGUCCCCGCAACAGGUAGGUGAGCAGCGGCGGCAGCAGGAGAAGGAACAAGAGGAGCAGGCAGUAGAACAGGAGCAGCAACAGCAGGCAGGAGAACAGGGGCAGCAGGAGCAGCAGGGAGAGGGGUGGAGGGAGCGGUGGCGCCGAGUGCGGCACAGGAGGAGUGGCAGCUUGGGCGCAUGGCAGGAGCUGCCUGGUAGCAUGGUGGUGGAGGAGGAGGGGCCAAGGGUGCGGUCAGUGCAAGCAGUCGCUGCACACAGUGCCGCUACGUUUGAGCGCUCCUUUUCUGAUAGCACAGGAGCAGGACCAGGGGUAGGCGCAGGGGCAGCUUCAGGGGCAGGGGCAGGGGCAGGAGAGGUGGGGGUUUGGGUGAGGGCAAACGUGGAGGCAAGGACAGGAAUGGAAGAACAGGCUGUGGAGCAAACAGCAACAGCAGCCUCUGCUGCCUCUUGUGCUGCUGCGGCCUCCUGUCCUGCAGCAGCUUCUAGUGACGCUAUGGGUGUUUGCAGCGACGCUGAGAGUGAUGCUGAUAGCUGCCGUUCCCCUGGUGGUGGAGGGGGUGUGGGAGUGGGAGGCGUUCAUACAGGUGCCUCCUGCACUGGCCUCCGCUUGAGCCGCAGACUCUUCUCGGGCCGCCUGCUGCUCACCCGUGACUCGUCGUAA